CAGGAUACAACUACACUUUACAUGGUCUUGUUUUCCUUCCAACAGCACAGGAAACAGUUUCUCAGGAGCUGCACACUGCUGUGGAUUAGUUUACACGUGAACACUAUAAAGCUUGACUGCUCUGUACAGUUUAAUAAAUAUUAAUGCCUGUUGACCUCCAAUAGUCAGCAUUUUUUUUAUAGGAACACACCUUAAACUCUGUGGAUUAACCCAUGGCUUUACUCUUAUAUCCUUUCUUUGUCUUUUGUAUGACUUUAUCGAUUAUUUCAGUGACAAUGGCUGAAUCUGCUAAUGCAACAUCACAAACAGGUGAUGGUGCUAAACCCACACAGACAACACCGGGGACUGGGCUCACGACAUUAGCCUUUGGUGUGAUGAGCUUCAUUCUGAUGUUGAUCAUUGUUAUGGUGGUCUUGGUAACAGCAGUGAACUUCAGAGGACGCUGCCAUAAUUCAAAGGAAGAAGGUAUAAAAAACUAUGGCUCUGUGGUAUCAGAAGGAAAUUUGAGCAACAAAACAGAGAGGGGAAGCAUCAUGCUAGUCUCUAUGAGGACAAUAAACACAGACACUGACACAGAUUCAGUACGAUUCUCCUCCAUUUACAGUGCAGCAUUGGAAGACGAAGACCAGUAGCUCAGACUGAAAACAGGGAAGGGAAUGGACUCGAUUCUCUAAUCGGAACUGAUUUUCCGUUCUCCUUUUCAGCAGUAACAGAUCGGUGUUGUUUGAAUGACACGGUUCUACAUGUCUGUACAGUUUGCCUCACAAAUAAUUAUGCAAAAUUAAAUGAUCACAAAGAAUGAUGGGUGAUGCAUGUUAAAGAAAAGCACUCAAUGGACAACUCUGAAAAACUUUAGACUCAGAGCUAAUGAAAAAGUAAGAUAUAAAGCAAUUGUCUGUUACAUUUGAGAUAUAUGAUUUCUUUUCAGUAUUGAAGCAAACAUAAAAAAAAAAAAAUGUUUUGAAAUUGUUGACCCACAGAAAUAAAUGACAUUGGAACAUACUGUGCGGUGUGAAAGACCAUAUAAGGGGGAACGUUGGCGGUUUUCUAUUGGUGCUUACCCUACUUCCGGUUCCGGUUAGCCAUGGCGGUUGCUAGCUACCCCGUUUAGAUACUUGGUUGUCCUGCUUGUAAUCCGGAUAUAUUUUUUGGGGGGGAAAAUGUGUUCUUGAGUUUCAUAAAUGGUGUUUCUGAUGACAGUUUAUUCACUGUAGAAGUAAACUGUGUUGACACUGACGGCACUGACCGGUUGUAAUGCUGAAGUGUGUCCGAAACUAACCGGGUGCUCUUAAUGUUAUUAGCUUGUUAGCUACUCGGCAUCUUCAUGCGACCGUUAUUUCUAAUGUAAAUCCGCUUGUUUGAUUAUUUGGCGUUUAGUUUUAGUGUCGCCAUAUGGGAACUAACGUUUCUCCCGUUUCGGUGUUGUAAUAAGUGUACUUGGGCAGCCUGUCAUUGCAGCUGUCAUUCGGGUGUCCGUCUUAGACAGAAGUAGGCAGGACCGUAAUCUGAAGCGGGUGUAGAGAUGCCUGGGUUUCUGUCUGAUAAAGAAGAAUCGGACAGACUGAUCGAGAAAGCAAAGCUAUGUUUAAGAUCAGGACAGAAGGAGAAAGCCCUGCAGAUCUUAUAUGAGGCACAGAAUAUCUACCCCAGCACCCGAGCCCGAGUCCUGAUCGAUGCUAUUGUGAAGAAUGGUAGUGCAGCUGCCCCUGAAACAGAGCGUACAAACACACCGCCACCCGGAUGGAGGAACUCCGACAUCCCUAUCCGGCGACAGCACCAGCGUAACAGUACAGGAGUUACUGGUGAGGCACCCAGUGAUGACAAGAAGAGCUAUACUGAAGAGCAGAGGCAGGGGGUUCUCAGGAUACAGAGAUGCAGGGAUUUUUAUGAGAUUCUGGGUGUACCGAAGAAUGCCAGUGAUGAGGAUUUGAAAAAGGCUUACCGUAAGCUUGCAUUACGUUUUCACCACAAGAAUUGUGCACCUGGAGCUACGGAUGCUUUUAAAGCUAUUGGUAAUGCCUACGCAGUGCUGAGUAACCCAGAGAAGAGGCAGCAGUAUGAUCAAUAUGGAGAACAGGGUACCACAGAGACACCUAGUCACUCCACAGCCCAGCCUGGUUACACUCACACACACCAUCGAACCUUCCACAGGGACUUUGAGCCCGACAUCUCACCAGAAGAAAUCUUCAACAUCUUCUUUGGUGGCAGGUUUCCUACAGGAAACAUUCAUGUUUACACAAACAGAGGAGCUUCUUAUUCACAUUUCUACCAGCAACGCAGACGGCGUGCAUUUGAGAGACGGGAGGAGGAAGUACAGGAGAACCGCAGCCAGAAUACAUUCACAGCCUUCCUGCAGCUUCUACCUGUACUGGUGCUCAUCCUGAUCUCUGUAAUAACCCAACUGAUGGCCACUAACCCCCCUUACAGCCUUUUCUACAAACCGUCCAUGGGUUUGGUGGUGUCCAGGGAGACGCAGCACAUGGGCAUACAGUAUUAUGUAGAUAAAAGCUUUGAUUAUCAUGGGGGGGCUCUGGAUGAACUGGAGAAGACUAUAGAGAGUGACUACAUAAACCAUCUACAGAACAGCUGCUGGAAAGAGAAGCAACAGAAGUCAGACCUGGCCAACCUGGGUCAGCUUUAUCGUGAUGAACGGCUGAAGCAGAAAGCUGAAACCAUGAAGUUGGACAACUGCGAGAAGCUUCACCGCAUUGCAAGCCGCCAGAGGGGCAACUGAAAAAAAAGGAUAUGCUCUAUUAAACAAAAUGUCUUACCCUGACAUAUAUACGAUUUUAAUCUGUGCAGUGAUUAAUCACUUUAUUUAGGGAGAGUUUAUUGGAAAUGCGGUGCUUUUUUAGCCCUGCUAAACAGAUAAAGGUGCCAGCACGCCGAAUUGCACUGGUGCGGCUGGAAGUGAUCAAUUCGGUCAGCUUUUCGCGACAAUGAAACGUAGCCUCAUCACAGAGGAAAUGUUUUUUGUGUCUUUGUAUCUCCUUACAUUAAGGAAUUUAGGCUCCAGAUGCACUGAAACUUACACAGAUUCUUCAGUACAACACUGAUUUUAUUUAAUAUGCUUGAGUUUUAGUAGUGUAGUAUGUAGUUAACAAAAAUGUAUUUAUUUAAUUGCGUUAUUUAUUUUUCUUCUCAUUUGUAUUGUUAACAUUUAUUUGGUGUUAAUCAGGCUAAAGACAUUUCUGUUAAUGAAAACGAGGACAUUUUUUUCAUGCAGAUCUAAAAGACGAUUCAUUAAAAAACCCAAACUACUGCUUUCAAAAGCUUUUCCAGGUAAAUCGAGAUGUUCUCAUAAAGGUUAAAUUACUUAAAUGGAUUUACUUUUGUAACUGAUGUGUUAUUUAAUACUUAAUGCUUGGAGUCACAGGGCAUUAGUAUUUAAUGUUAUUUUGUGUUUAGAAAAUUUUUUUUUUUUGCUCCAAAAUCCUUGUAAACAGCAUUAAUAAUUUUUAAUAUCUAUAGUGACAACUUUUUUCUUUUUUGUUGCAUGCAGUCCAUUGGGCGUUUUAUUUUGCUUUGUGUUACACACAGUAUCAACUAAAGGUCGACCGAUAGUGGAUUUUGCUGAUACAAUAGCUAGGUAGAAACUUGCCGAUAACCGAUUAAUCAACCUAUAGUUUUUAAAAUGGAUACUGGAUUUUUGGAUAAUAGCAAUAGUGUUGAAUUAUAUUACAAAAAACAAACAAACUACUGAAUCAUAAAAAUGUGCUAAAUAAAAUGAGUAUAUCGAUUAAUAAAUAUAAGCAUAUAAUUAAUAAUCAAUUAUACAAUAUUAGCAAAUAUAUAAUAUAGCGUUCAUUGUGUACCGUGCGAUCUUUGUAUCAUGUCACACGUGUAAAAGCAAACAAGACACGGCGUCAGAGAUUCAUCUCUAAAGCAGACCUUCUCUGCGUUCCAGCAACGUACACAAGCAAGAAAAACUAUUGGUGUGGAUUUCUGCAAUUAGCUCCAGCAAUCAACUUACAGUGCUGAUUAAUCUGCAAAACCAAUUAAUCGGUCGACCUCUAGUAUUAGUAAAGCAGGUUUAAUUUAGACCUAAAUAUUUUCAUCUAAAUUACCUGCAAGCUGUUACCUUUUGAAUUGUAGACAUGUUAAUAUGUGGUACCUCAUGUUGAGUCAACACUAGUCCUGAAAUUCUGAAUGUGGAAACCUGUUGCUGAAUGCUUAGCAGUACAAUACAUUUCAUAUCUUAAAGUAAAGUGAGAUUUAUUUGGAAUGAAGGUAACGUGAGUGAGUGCCGAGAGAGAUUUUGUUCUGGUUUUAUAAAACACUAAUCAUUUUCACCUUCUCCCGAAUCAUACAAUAAAAUUACAAUAUAAUUCUUCUAACAA